AUCUGAUUGAUACCCGAAAACUGUAAUGGCUUCGAAAGACGAGUAUCGAAUAUUUGUUGGAGGCCUCUCAUGGAACAUUUCAGAGCGUCAGCUCGAAAACGCUUUCAUUCGCUUCGGCAAAAUGCUCGAAACUCAACGGAGUUUGGUUAUUUUCUUGCUCUGUCAGUGUAAAUAGUGAAUAAAUGCAUUCAAGGGGAGUACAUUAUCACCUGCCUCGCUGUUGGCAUACCGUCUAAGGUUCUUGCUUGGCAACUCUGUGGAUUGAGAACUUCUUAUAACCAAAUUAGAAUUUACGGUUCUAGACGUCAGGAUUUAUUUUAGUUGCUUGGCUAUGGAAGGAAGCUAUUGCUGAAACAUUUUAGAGUUAGUUCACUUGAGAAAAUGUGAGACAUUGUAUUGAAAUUACCUUAGUUGUCAGCACCAGCUUGUUCUGUUUUAGAUGACCAGACUUCGCUGUAAAUUGAAUUAAAUUGUGGAGAUGACACCAGAAUGCAGAAGAAUCUGAAUUUUGAUUUUGCUAUGUUAGUUGUUCAGUGAAAAGGAGGAACUCAGUUUAUAUGAAUAAGCUAAGAAGUGCAUUUCAGGUGAGGAAUAUUUUUAAUGCAUUGUUGUACUUACUGCGGUAUUGAAUUGGGUGGUGGCGUGAUGUUGAGAAACACUAGCAAAAAAUUAUCUCUCCAAGAAUUUUUUCUUCUCGAUUUUCUCAUGUUCUGGGUUCUGGACUCUAGAAUGAGUGAAUUGUUUGCCUGGGCUAUUAUUUUAUUUUACCUUUUGGAUAAGAAACAACUUUUUUCUGACUGGGUUACGAAAAAUGCAAUAUUGUCUGAAUGCUACAAUAAAUUAAGGCUGUGCAUUGGUGGUGGAGUAAUUUCAGCAGAUCAGUAGGAAUGUUGUCUUGGGUAAUCAUCUUCAUGGACGGCUUUCUUUUUAGCUUGAAGAGCUUAAGAUCCUGACUUUUCCAUGGAAAAUUUCCUAGUUUGGACCCAAAGAGGUUGUGGGUAUUGAGGUUAAAGUUGCUCUUUAAUUGUAGAUUUUAAGUCUUGGGUUCAGGUUGUUGGACACACUGCAGAGCUUUGAAGGGAAAACGGAAUCCUUCCAAGUAUAUCAUUUAGUCUCUCUUUAAGUGAUUUGCUUGGAAGGAAAAAUCAUGUUAGAACGAGAUACAGGUCGUCCUCGUGGGUUUGGUUUUAUUACCUUUGCAGACCGUAGAGGGAUGGAUGAUGCAAUAAGAGAGAUGCAUGGUCAGGAGCUUGGUGAGCGGAUUAUCUCAGUAAAUAAGGCUGAACCCAAGAUGGAGGGUGAUGAUACUGAGCAAGGCUUCAGGGGAGGAGGUUAUUCAUCUGGUGGUAGGGCUAGUUUUGGGAGAGGAAAAGAUAGAUCUGUGGGGCAGGAUGAAUGCUUCAAGUGUGGACGCCCAGGGCAUUGGGCACGAGACUGUCCCUCAGUCGGUGGUGGACGUGGUGGAGGUAGAGGUUCAUUUUCUUCACGUUCUCGAUUUGAUAGUGAUGGUCGUGGGGAUCGUUUUGGAGGAGAUCGUGACCGAUAUGUGGAUGAGCGUUAUAAUGGAGGGCGAUAUGGUGAUAGAGAUCGUUUUGAUCGUAGAGACGACAAGUAUGGAAGUCGAGACCGCUACUUCGACGACAGGUACCCAUCUGCUGGAGAUCGCUUUACUGGUAGUGAUAGGUAUGAUGUCAGCGAUCGUUAUCCUCAAAAUGGCUACGUCAAAGACCGCGUCUACGAUAGGGAUAUUGGUCCGAGGAGUGGCAGUGAUAGGUAUGGUAGCGGAGGUCCUGGCCGUCAUGAGGGCAGAAGUUAUAGAGAUAGGACAGGCCCUUACGAUCGCCCAAGCAGGGUGGGACGACCAUCUUCCUACGACCGCUAUUAAAAUUCAAAUGUACGUAUAUCAGUAGUUGUUGAUUAACAUUUGCAAAUCAUUCUAUAGCUAGGAUAUGCACUUGCAAUGAAUUGGCAGUCUUUAUGCAAGCUUUGACCUUCCUUUUGUGGCUUCCAAAUCUUCAUUGCCUUUGAAAAUAUUUAGUAAUAGAAAUUUUGGAUGUUACAACUUACAAUAUCUAAUGUUUGUAGGGAGGUUGUACCCUACCUCCAGCCUCAGAUAUUUUAGUUCUCAAUGUGGUGAAUUUCUUGGCUGCCCUUGUUGACUUUGUUUUGUUCUUUUCUUAGGAACAACAGACAAUUGACCCAACUUUCAUUUUCUUGAAUCUCUGAAUUCAUUAUUUAAAGAUCUUUAUCUCUA